GGAGGCGGCCGGAGCCCCCGGGAUCCGCCGGCACCUCCCGGGCCCGGCACUCGCCGCCGCCGCCAACUUCGGCCGGGAGGCGCCCUCGGAGCCGCGGCAGCCCAGCGCCGGGAGCCUGCCCUUCCGCAGACCACCACCUCCACCUCCGUCCGUCCUUCCUUCCUUCCCCGCUCCCCUCCCGCAGCCGCCGGCGGGGGGCUCAGCGCGGCGCGGGGCCGCGGCCCCCGGGGCAGGUGCGUCCCCUCGCGGUGUCCGGGGGGCGCCGAGCCCCGUGCCCACCUGCCGCCGCCGCCCGGGGACAUGCAGGGCGCCCCGUCCCGGCGGCAGGCUCCGCGGGGGCUGCCCCAGAGCCGCCGGAGCCCCCCGCAGCCCACCAUGACGGGGCCGAGGCUGGCGCUCGCCGCCGCGCUCCUCUGCAGCUGCACCUCGCCGGUGGCCGACGCCAGCUCCUGGUGGUCUUUGGCCAUGAACCCCAUCCAGAGGCCCGAGAUGUAUAUCAUCGGCGCUCAGCCCGUCUGCAGCCAGCUGCCGGGGCUCUCCCCCGGGCAGCGCAAGCUGUGCCAGCUCUACCAGGAGCACAUGGUGUUCAUCGGCGAGGGGGCCCGCAGCGCCAUCAAGGAGUGCCAGUACCAGUUUCGGCAGCGCAGGUGGAACUGCAGCACGGUGGACAACACCUCCGUCUUCGGGCGGGUCAUGAAGAUAGGUAGCCGAGAGACUGCUUUCACCUACGCCGUCAGCGCUGCCGGGGUGGUGAACGCCAUCAGCCGGGCUUGCCGCGAGGGAGAGCUCUCCAGCUGUGGCUGCAGCCGGACUGCCCGGCCCAAGGACUUGCCCCGAGACUGGCUGUGGGGCGGCUGCGGGGAUAACGUGGAGUAUGGGUACCGCUUCGCCAAGGAGUUUGUGGAUGCCAAGGAGCGGGAGAAGAACUACGUGAGAGGCUCAGAGGAGCAGGCGCGCAUGCUGAUGAACUUGCAGAACAACGAGGCUGGUCGCAGGGCAGUGUACAAGCUGGCGGACGUGGCCUGCAAGUGCCACGGCGUGUCAGGCUCCUGCAGCCUCAAGACCUGCUGGCUGCAGCUGGCCGACUUCCGCAAGGUGGGCGACCUGCUGAAGGAGAAGUACGACAGCGCUGCCGCCAUGCGGAUCAGCCGCAAAGGCAAGCUGGAGCUGGUGAACAACCGCUUCAACAUGCCUACGCAGGAGGACCUGGUCUACGUCGACCCCAGCCCGGACUAUUGCCUGCGCAACGAGACCACCGGCUCGCUGGGCACUCAGGGCCGCCUGUGCAACAAGACCUCGGAGGGCAUGGAUGGGUGCGAGCUGAUGUGCUGCGGACGGGGCUACGACCAGUUCAAGAGCGUCCAGGUGGAGCGCUGCCACUGCAAGUUCCAUUGGUGCUGUUACGUCAAGUGUAAAAAGUGCACAGAGAUCGUUGACCAGUACGUCUGUAAAUGAAAAGAGCCACCAAAGCAACAAAUCUAUAUUAUAUAAAUCUAUAUAAAUAUAUUUUAUAUUUGUAUAAAUAAACAGAUGAUGAUAAUAAUUAAAGAAGCUUAUUUAAGAGACAUUUUGGUUUUGAAGUUUCCCCCCUCAGGCCGGCAGGCUUGCCAUCCCUCCCGUUCUGCUGGGGAGUUUGUCUUUGAGUGCAUCUCCCCUUGGAGGCUUCAGGUGGGGCAAAGAGGCUAAGGAGGUGCUGACAAAGCGAACUCUCCCUGCACGCAUGCGCACACACACACACACGCACACACAAAUACCACCACCAUUUCAUUAUAGACUCAAAAUCAACAGGAAGGAGAAGGGUGGAUGCUCUCUCCUAUCUAGGCAUUACAGAUCAAUAUUUUGCAUUGUUACUGGACAUCUGAAAUUGCAGCCAGGUCUGCCAGAGACCUGGUAAUCUGAAUUUCAAGCCCUGCUGCCCCACUAAACCCACAGGGGAUUUUGGAAACUAUUCUUGAUCCCUCUAAAGGGCUUUGUCACGUGAGAGGGAGAGUUAGCCAAGGCUCAUGCACAAGAAUACAGCUUAAAAUUCAGAGUCCUGUAAGCCAUUCCGGUAUGCUGGACAGCCGGCAACGAGGUGGUGGAAGGUUUGCAUGCUGCUGUGAGGAAGGAUGGUGUAAUCUGUGGCUGGCUGGUACGUAGCCUGGGAGUCCACCUGACAUCAUCUCCUAGUUCCUUGGUGCCACCUGGACAAAGGGGAAAUCUGUCCAGCUCAGUCUACAUGGCUACUAUACACAAGAGGGAGAACGUUUUCUCCUUUAGUCCCAUGCUGAAACUUAACUUGUCAUUGUAAAGGAGAAGCUGCCGGUGCCCGGGGACAUCUGUGAAGGAAAUAUGCUUCGUAUUUUUUUAGAAGUCGGAAGUUUUGCAGGCGUAUGACUGCACAAGCACUCCUUGUGCUGCUGCCGUCCUUCCUCUUUGAAGUGGAUGCGGUGCUCACCUUGUUCAGCUCUGUUAAAUUCUCCUCACCACCAUCCCAGAUGUAUAGUUUUUCUUUAACAUUAAACACCCCUCGAUGAGA